AUGACACGAUAUUAUUAUUAUUAUUCAAUUAUUGUUGUUGUUAUUGUAUUUUUCGUUAAACUUGAAUGCAAAGAUGCAUUGAAUAUUAGUGGAACAGUUGAUGACAAAUGGAAAUUGAUGCGUAAUUUAUUUGAACAAAAUUUUAUUCAACAAUUGGAUAUUGGUGCAUCGGUGGCCAUUUAUCAUCAGGGAAAACUCGUUGUUGAUUUAUCGGGUGGAUGGUUUGACGAGCAACAAACAAAAGUUUAUACCAAUGAUACAUUACAAUUAGUUUUCUCAGUAUCAAAAGGUAUUGUAGCGAUUGCCGUUGCUUUAUGUGUACAAAAUGGUUUAAUUGAUUAUGAUGAAAAAGUGAUAAAAUAUUGGCCAGAGUAUGAACAAAUGGAGAAAGGAAACACAACGGUGGCUGAUAUAAUGUCACAUCGUGCUGGUCUACCCGAUGUAAAUGCUACAGUUAAGGAGUGGGUAAAUUGGAAAACGAUGAUUCAGUUAUUGGAAAAAGAGAAACCGACAUGGCCACCUGGUACAGCACACGGUUAUCAUACUUUAACCUACGGUUGGCUGGCUGGUGAACUUGUGCGACGAGUUGAUCCCAAAAACCGAACUCUAGGCCAAUUUAUUCGAGAGGAAAUAGCAACCCGUACAUCAACAGAAUUUUAUUUUGGUUUAGAUAACGAAUUAGAAUAUCGUGUUUCGCCCUUAGUCGAUCCAACAAAUAAUGCAUUCAAUGAAUUCAAUGAUCUAGUAGUACAUCAAGCGGAAAUUCCAGCAGCAAAUGGAAUAACAAAUGCCCGAUCAUUGGCCCGUAUUUAUGCCUCGAUUAUCGGUGAUCUGCCUGACGGACAAAAACGAUUAUUAAAUGAAGCUACGCUUGCGCGAGCAAUUAAGUCAAAUACGCCUGUUAAUGAACCUGACAUGACGCUUUUUAAUUCGACGACAGUAUUUUCAAUGGGUUUUAUGUUAUUUGGUCAACAAGACUCAUGCUUACUAGAUGCAUUUUGUGGAGCAUUCGGACAUAAUGGUGAGUCUAACAAUAUAGAAAAGAAAACAGUUUCAUCUCUUUAG